CAUGCCGCAGAAAGUUACGCCAUCAGAUAAGUUUUGCUCUUUUGGCAGGUCUAUACACUAGUACCAUACCCAUACGCUAAUUAUGGAUCCAAACGCCGCCUUCCGCAUAGCAAUUCGCCCAUUGACCUCCGCUGACAUCGAACAGUGUGUGGUGUUGGAGGGCUUAGGGUUCCCACCCGAGGAGCGCUGCUCGUUGGAGAAGUUCCAAUACCGGAUCGGAGCGUGUCCCGAGUUGUGCUUAGGGCUUUUCUACAGGGAAUUCAACCCACCGUACGAACACGGAAACCGCUUGAACAGACAGUUUGCCAAGAUUGAUGGCUCUGCCACUGAAGUGGAUGAGGAGGAUGAUAACCUUGACAGCUGCGAUUUGCCGGGUCAAUCCACGAUCAAGUCCGAACAGUUGAUCGGCCAUAUCAUCGCGACCAAGAUGGGUUCUGAUUUGGUUACCGAAGAAGCUAUGAUGAUGCCGCAGAACGGAUCCAACGUGUCAGAGUCCGGUAAAACGCUCGGUCACGUCGAGACCUCUCGCGUCAUCGGUAUCCACUCUUUGGUGGUCCACCCAGACUUCCGCGGCCUGGGCUACGCCACUUGGUUGUACGUCGACUACAUGCACAAGAUCUCGCAGCAGCAGGUUGCAGACAAGAUUGCCCUUCUUGCCAAGGAAAGCUUGUUGAAGUUGUACGUCGACAAGCUCCAUUUCCGUGACUUGGGCAUCAGCAAGUGCACCUUCGGCGGUGUUGAAUGGCACGACUUGGUCGCCGAUGUCCAGGGCGGCGAUGAAGACUACGAGUAGUUAGAGAUGGGCUUUUGUAAAACGAGAGUUAGGGCAAUGAAUGGAAAAUGCGAAAAAACGUAGAAACGCGAGGGUGAAGGAAUAGAGAAAGGGGAAAAUCUGGUGCACGUAACGCUAGGCCAAGUUG